AUGGACGAGAAUAUGGUCACUUCAAAGGAGUAUCUCCCCCUCCUCAAUGGACAGGAAAGCCUCACGGUAGAGCUGCUCAGUCAAGGAUUCGACGAUGACUACAGAUAUGAAGUCAUGACCAACUCGAUUGCCUCCACCUGGUUGAUGUGCUUUCGGAAGGUCCGUUCAUCGAAUGCGCUGGCCGUCGAGUACCUAUCAUUCCUAGCCUGUGUCAGCCAUCACGUCUUUGCGGCCAUAUACCUAAUCCAGGGUCGCCUGCAUGACGCAAAGGACAUCAUGCUGUUGGUUAUGGAGACAGGUAGGCGAGCUCUACGCCCUGAGCACACUGACACGAUUAAGAGUAUACCGACAUUGAAUGGGCCCCGAGUAUAA